GGGUGAGGAAGUAGGUAAGGAUGAAAUUGUAAGUAUUAACCAUGUGGAUUUCUGUUUUAGGUGCGUUCUCUUCAAGCCACAUUUGGAGAAUUUGAAUCCAUGAUGAAAAUUGCUCAGCAGAAGCAGGAGGUUACUGAGAAGGCUGUUAAGCAAGGGGAGAGUGAAAUAAACCGGAUCAGUGAAGUGCUUCAGAAGCUGCAAAAUGAAAUUUUGAAAGACUUGUCUGACGGCAUCCACAUGGUGAAGGAUGCAAGGGAACGAGACUUCACAUCUCUGGAAAACACAGUGGAAGAGAGACUAACGGAACUAACCAAGUCUAUAAAUGAUAACAUAGCUGUAUUCACUGAAGUCCAGCAAAGGAGCCAAGAUGAAAUCAACAACAUGAAAGCAAAGGUUAACUCACUAGGAGAAGCAGAUGUGUACAAACAUGAAAUUAAGGUGCUAAAAGAUGCUUUUGAUGAGAUGCAAGCAUCCAUGAAAACCAGAGAAAAGGACAUAGAGGCCUUGAAGAGUACAAUAGACUCCAUGGAGUCUGAUGUGUAUACUGAAGUGAAAGAGCUAGUCAACCUCAAACAAGAACACGAGAAAUUCAAAGAGGCUGCGGAUACCGAACACCUUUCAUUAAAAGCUUUACAAGAGAAAGUUCUGAGAGCUGAGGAUUCUAUUAUGCACUUCCCUGAUGACAUUAAAAGACUUGAUGAAGAUUUACUGCAAGUUAAAGCUGACCUUACCAAAUGGGAAGAAAAUGAACUCUUCAGAAAAGCAUUAGAAACUUUUGGGAAGAACAGUGAAGGACUGGAGUCUCGAUUGAGGCACAUAGAAGACAGCCUGAAGUCACUAACUUCUGAUGCUGCUCAAAACAGUGAAAAGUUGCAAUCUUUCUUUUCCAAGGAGGCAGAAUACGAGAAUAAGCUCAGAACCCUAGAACAAAGCAUUACUGCUCUUCAGGGGAUCUCAGAUAUGGACAUAACUUCUGUCACAGACAUUCUGAAAAAUCUUGGUGAAACACAGACCUCGCUGUACAAUGAUGUGGAAAACUUGAGGAGAAGCAUCAGUGACCUGCCAUCCUCUGGUGCUCUUCAGGAUGUCCAGAAACAAAUUAGUACUUUGCUGGAUCAAGGAAAUCUUCAGGCGGGUCAAGCACAUUCUCAAGGCUAUCUUGAAAAAUUUUCUUCUGUGGAAGGCUCUGUAGAUGAACUGAGAUCUUCUGUCAGCCAGGUUGAUUCUGAUUUGAAAAUGAUAAGAACUGCAGUGGAUAGUUUAGUCUCCUACUCGGUGAAAAUUGAAAAUAAUGAGAACAACUUGGAGUCUGUGAAGAGCUCAAUAGAUGACCUGAGGAAUGAUCUGGAAAGGUUGUUUGUGAAAGUAGAAAAAAUACAUGAAAAAGUUUAGGCAGUGGUGCUCCUUGUGCAAAUAAUGGAUCAAGGAGAAUAGCUUUUGUAUGCCCAGUUUUUUACUCUUUUUAAAAGCAAUUUGAUACCUCCAAAGAGAAUAAGAAUACUUUAAUAAUAGAGACAGUUCUGCUUAUUUCCUUUAUUUCUCUUUUGUGUAGUGUUUUUGGUUUUUUGUUUACUUUUUUUUUUAAAUUUUGUUUUAAGAAAACCUGAGUUUAGUUGGGGGUUGAGUUUCUAAGGGCUCAUCUUCUCUAUAAAGUUGUACCGCUGUAACUGUAGUGGUGUAACUAAGGCACUACGGCCUUGUUAGCAUGGGCACAUAUUUAAUGGCAUGAAGUGAAGGUGUUUCACACUAUGACACUAGAUACCCCACACAGAAGGGCUACAGCUGUUCGUGUAUGAUAAGCAUAGUGCUGUACAGACUGGGAAUUUUACUAGUAUGUUUUGGUUUAAGAGACAAAUGAACAAAACUACAACUACACCCCUAUCUUAAACUGUUUAGGCUGGUAAACUUAAGUGUGGACCAGGUUUGAAGCAGCUCGUCUGUUUCUACAGUAUGGGACUCGGCCAUGUGGUCAGUUUACCAGGCAUCAGUUGAGCUGUAGUAUCUUUCUGUGAGUCCUUCACCUGUACCAAGGAGCUAACAAGGGGUUAGCUGAACCCCAAGAGGGAAGCUUUGAAGUAAAUACGUUGCCUGGGGCUAAGACCCAAGAGGGGUGUCCCACCAGGUGGCUGGAGAGAUUCCUUCUGUGUGAUCACAGGCUUCUUUCCCAGCAUCUUCAGGUGCUGGUGCAGAAGAUCAGUGCUUAGAAGGGACAUCUGAAGGAUGGGAUUAGUUUCAAGAGGGUACAGUAAUAUUUUUGUCAUACUUUUGGGCUGUUUACAUAAUGAGGCUGUGUCUUUCCUGGAAAGGCCUAAUUUUUCUGUGCUAGAGGAUUUUCUGUAAAAAUGCUCAUGAAUUUGAAUGAGGGAAGAGAAGGACCAAAAUUGCACCUCUCGUGUUCCAUGUAUAGCAAGCAUGCUAACAAUAAUAGUACACUCCAAAACACACACGGGGGAAAAUCACCAUGAAAUCAGCAGAAUUGCUUCUAAGGCAUAUACAUUUCCAAGUUUUCACACAGCUGACAGUGACCUGAACUCUCGUUACAUAUUCAGGACUUGGUGCCUGAUUCUUGUCACCGUUGUCACCAGGUGCCUGCCUGGGAUGUUGGUAGCAAAGGAUCCUUCUAGGAGCUGGUUGAGAGUGAGGAUAAAAGUGUCGUCAUUCUCUCGAUGUUCAUUUAAAAACCACUUCCCCAUGGAACUUGCUUGGUUUUCUGUCUUUUUGGAAAGGAUUUCUAAUAGCCCUCCUUUUCAAGUUUACUUUUGAACUUUAUCCAAAGAUUUGGUAAAAGGGUCUAUGCACGGGUACCUUGGAAAUAGGUCGUGUGCAUCACACCCACCUCAGCCUGCACUAGCCAGAUCCGUGGCUACUUUAGAAGAAUAAUACCCAGAAGCAGCACCUCCCACAAGUGGAGUGCUUGUGGGAACAGUCCUGAGUUCUCCUCGGUAAACAAGAUGCUGAACCAUAUCUAGUGUUCUGUAAACAGGAAAGAAUUGCUGGCAAAGAAAGAGGGACCGACGGCACUAAGGUAACUGUUGUCACUGUUGGAACUGCACUGUUCUUUGUUGACUUCUCAAGUUCUUGAACAAUGUUGUUUAGGUUACUGUGAAAUGAACUGUAUGGCUUAUUUGCGGUAUUUUUAAUACAUAAUAAACAUUUGGAAUAUUCUUUGCA